CUAUUUUAAAAAACUUUUCUUCUUUCUCAACUCCAAUGAAAUUUUGUCCUAAUCUUUUUGCCUGUGCUACUGAGGCUUUGUUAAAUGACAAAAUUAAGCUAGAAAAAGUAAUUGGAGAAGCGUUUGAUUUAAUUUAUAAUGGUGAAAAAUUAUUAAGUGGAAGUCUACGUAUUUAUCAAUGA